AUGUCUCCCGAGAACACCUUCCACUAUGCCUUGAGCUCCAACAAUGCUUGGGCUGGCUACAAGGCCCAUCAAAACCCCCACUUCUUCCCCAAGCUGGCUGGCGGCCAGGCUCCCGAGAUCCUCUGGAUCGGUUGCUCUGAUUCUCGCUGCCCCGAGACCACAAUCUUGGGCAUGCAACCCGGUGACGUCUUUGUCCACCGCAACAUCGCCAACAUUGUCUCCCCCACCGACAUCAACACCACUGCCGUGAUCGAGUACGCUGUCGCCCACCUCAAGGUCAAGCACAUUGUUCUCUGCGGCCACUCGGCCUGCGGCGGCGCCGCGGGCGCUCUCUCGGACGGCCGCAUCGGCGGUGUCCUUGACACCUGGCUGCUCCCUCUCAAGACGGUCCGCUACAACCACGCCGAGGAGCUCGACGCCAUCACCGACGAGAAGGAGCGUGUCAUCCGCAUUGCCCAGCUCAACGUCGAGGCGGGAAUCAAGGUGCUCAUGAACAACCCUACGAUCCGGGAAGCCAUUGCGGAGCGCGGCCUCGAGGUCCAUGGUGUGUUCUUUGAUAUCGGCUGCGGACGCAUCAAGGAGCUCGGGUGCGGCACGGCUCACAAGUCCUCCUCGACGAUCUCAGGUGACCAUGUUGUUAGAGGCAAGCAUGGUCAGCUUGUGUUUGGACAGGAUGGCGAGGCGGAGAUUGCUGCUGCGCAGUAG